AUGCCGCCGCCGCCGCCGUCGCAAGUGGCCCGCCAGUUCCCGCCGGCCUUUAAUGUCUACACGCAAAGCUUCAGCCGGACAAUGAUCCUCGGCGAACACCAAAAUCAGCCAUCCUAUGCCAUGUCAUUGCACAGUGGUUUGGGCAGUUCACCGCCAAUGGUGCUGCACUCCGGGCCGACAAAUGCCUUCCCACCACUUGCUUCAGUGGAGUAUCACAGCUUCAGCACCAGGAUGAGCAUAACGCUGCCUCCUGCGCCAAGAGGCAGUCCCGGGGGAGCACCCGUUAUCGAACUGGGAUCUAAGCUGGACUUUCCUUCGUCAACGUAUCAUUUUACAAUGGGCGUUGGACCGAACUGUGAACGGCUCGAGCAGUUUCAGUGGAGGCCAAGCUCUGGCGAAGCGAUUGCCAUGCUGGAUGGGAGGAGCAGGGGCUGGAAGCUGGUUAGACUGGCCCAAUCAGCCGGGCCGGCCACCUUCAAGGGAAGUGACGGGAAGGAAGUGGUCGCAGUGUGGACAGAUGCCCAAAUGAGCUUGUCCAAGCAGGCCAAGUUCGCAUUCUUGGGCAGUGGCCUCACAGGCGAGCUGGGCGAACGCUGGGCGGUCAUGGCUGUCAUAUCCGGCUUGGCCAUCUUCGAGCGGCAAAGACAGCGCAACCACAACCACAACCAUUGA